AGUGAGGCAUUUUUCUGAAAACCAAUGCUACUCGUAAAACCUUCUUACCACCGAAGACAAUUUUACAGAAAGAGAGGGCAGCCAUUUUAUUCUAGAGAGAGAGAGAGGGGGGCAGUCAUUUUCUUCUCUAUUUGUGUGGUUUAGAGUUGCAGGGACCUGAAAACAUCGAAUGGGUGCUGAGAACGGUGGUGGGUUCCGGUCAAAAAUGGAGUACUAUCUCUACAGCGGUGAUAAGAAGCAUGUAUUUGCAGGCAUCGCCAUUAUAGGAGUGGUAUUUGGAAUUCCUUGGGUUCUCAUGAAUCGAGGAACAAAGCAUCAAUCUCAUCAAGAUUACUUGGAAAGGGCAGAUAAAGCGCGGAGUGAGAGGCUUUCUUCAAGUUCACCUUCAAUUUAAUGAUGGAUAGUCUGGAAACUUUAUGUACCUUAUGUUUCAUGGGGCUCAAUCAGUCGUCGUCUCUGUUGGAUGUUUUAUUUUCCCUUGAAGAUUCUGUAUACUUCAGUUUUCCUUGGAGAUUUUGUUUUUAGGAGAGUAUUUUAGGUAGAAUAUCCGAACCGAUAUGUCUCACAUUAGGCUCCAAUUAGGAUUUGGGCUAUACCCAUGGGUGUUUCCUUUAAGCUACCCUUUCUUGAGAUGUUGGAUGUGAUAAUAGACCAUAGCCCUAGCUAUUUCCUUUAAGCUACCAACUCUUGGUAUGUUGGAUAUGACAAUUUGCUUGAACCUUUUUCACAAAUAGAGGAAUUAAUCAUAUCUGU